ACGCCAACGCAACACAAACAAAAAAGCCAAAGCGCAACGAUGCGGCGUGGUGAUCGUCGUGGUGGUGAUGGUGAUCGCGCUGGUGAUGGGCGGAAGCAGUGGGUUGUAGGCGAGCAGCAUGGCAGCACGGCACAGGGCAGGAGUGGUGGUGACACCCGGAGCGAGAAAACGCCCCUGAUUAGCGGGUCAAGGUCCCCAAUCACAAAAGAAGUGCGAACAGGAGGAUACGGAGGGACGGCAGACGCAGCCAUCAUCCAAGCAUCAACAUCGCCGCUCCUAUCUCAGGACAACACCAACAACAACAACAGCAGCAGCCACCCUGGACAGCAACGGGCGUACUGGACGCGCUGGUACAUGCUCACCGUCUGUAGUCUCAUCGCUUUUGCUCAAGGGGCAAUCUGGAACAACUUUGGACCCAUCGACCUGGCGGUGAAGCCUCUGUUUGGAUGGGAUCACGGCACCAUCGCUCUCCUUGCCAACUGGGGUCCGAUUUGCUUCUUGAUUGCGUUCAUCCCGUCUGCGUGGCUGCUGGCCAAGGGUAUCCGGCUUGCAGCCGGGUCCUGCAUCCUCGUGGUCGCGCUCGGCUCCGGCCUGCGCUGCUUCACCGCCACAGACCCAACUGCAACCUACCUCAUCCACCUCGGCCAGUUCCUCAACGGCCUGGGCGGGCCCGUCGCCAUGGCCAUGGGACCCACCCUCAGCGCCGCAUGGUUCCCCGCAAACGAGCGCGUGCUUGCCACGGGCAUCUGCGCCACCUUCAACUAUAUUGGCGUCGCGUUCUCCUUCCUCAUCGGCCCGCUCGUUGUCAAGCAGCCCGGGGAUCGCUUCGACCGCAACACCACCGCCUACCAGUUUAUGUGGUACAUGUGGGGCGAGGCGCUGUGGUGCACGGUGUGCCUUCUGUGCGUGCUCAUCUACUUCCCCAACAAGCCGCCAACACCGCCCACGCUGUCUGCCAGCACAAAGCGCGUGUCCUUCAUCAGCGGACUGCUGCAGAUCCUCCGCUCAAAGUCGUUCUGGUCCGUCGGCGCCGCGUACGGCGUCAUGACCGGCGUGUUUACCGGGUGGAGUGCGUACCUGCUACCCAAUCUGGAGAACUUUUUGCCUGAGAAUCGGGCGCAAGACGAGAGCGGGUGGCUCGGGUUCUACUCCACCAUGGUUGGAUGUGUUGUUGCCAUCAUCGUCGCCAAAGUUGCAGACUCUCUCGGUGGACGCAUGAAGACCAUCAUCCUGGUUCUGUGCUUGGGUGCGGCCGGUGCCGGCGUGUGGUUUUCGCUCGUGUGUUUGGAUGUGAUUCCAAACACCACCAUGAUGGUGUACAUCUCUGGGAUUGUCACGGGAACGCUCAUCAACGCCAGCAUGCCCCUGUUCUUCGAGGCUGCAGUCGAGGCCACGUAUCCCAUUGACGAGGGAACGACGACGACGGUGAUUACGACGCUCAACAAUGUGGGCUGCCUCAUCUUCCUCAUCAUGCCAUCCAUCCCUGGGCUUGGCAACACGUGGGUGAACUGGACGCUCGGCGGCAGCUGCCUCGUCGCCUUCCUCCUCAUGCUCCUCUUCGAUGAGAAGUACAGGAGACUCUCCUUCGAUAAGGGAACCGUGUAUGAGUACUCCCAGAUCCAAUGAGUCCCCAGCACAAUGCAACUAGGCAAGCCGUCCCAUGAAGCACUGUGCGUUAGUGUGUGUGUGUGUGUGUGUGUGUGUGUGUGUGUGUG